GCGAAGUGUUGGAAAAGGCAGAAGCGGCAGAGUUAUCGCAGGAACACAUUGUUUACAACUACGCCUUCAGCGACGAGCAGAGUGUAGCUGAUGGGAGUGGAACUGCGGACCCCGAUUCUCAACGUCCUGCAGAGUGGAAGUGCGAAAUGCUGUGCGAUAUCGUGCCCACUUGUGUCCUGUACCAGUUCGAUAUUACCGAUGGCACUUGUUGGCUCCAAGAUUUGACAAGCUUGCUCGUCGGAGAAGGUGAAGGAGCUGCGAAUGGCUCUACUGCAACCACGCUUGUGGAGAAACUUGACCCGCCCGCUAUCGCAACUCUGAGCGAGGAAAAUAGUGGAGCUGGUGGCACUACAUCUUCACCGACACGAACAAGAUCGGCGCAGUGUGUGCGUCGUAUAUGUGAGCAGUUUUCUUCUGCAACAACCACUACCUCUUCUACGGAGGGGACGAGCAAUCAGGAGAUGAUGAAGGAUCAACUUCGCCGGCUUGGCGCGAAAACCAGUACCGACUACGAGUCAACUUGCGAAAACCUAAUGACCAAACCGGACGACUGUCGACUGUCCGCCUGGAGCGAGCUGGACCUGGAGGUGCCAAACAACCGCAAGCGGUGCUCGGAGGAACUGAGUGUGCACUUCACCGGCUCCACGCACGCCGAAUCGCACGAGGAGAAUGCGAAGCUCCGCGCCAUCACGGAGUCCGGCGACUGCCGCGAGUUUUGUGAAAACGCGGUGAAUUGUGUCGCUUACGAAUUUCGAUCGCUGCAUCCACAAGAACCAGAACAGCCGUCUGUAAAGCCGAGACACGGCUGCCGGAUUUGGCGGAACUCCGCCAAACUCGGCGACGCGAUCACGAGCAUAUUGUCUGGGCCUGGCACCGGGACAGAAUUUGCGCCGUACCGCUACACGAGCGGUCGUUGCGCGGUCGUCGACGAAACUUUUGAAGACCAGAUAGAAUAUCCCGUGGCGCUGCAGCUCUUUCAAUUUGGACAGAAUCUCGCUGCGUUCGAGUCGGUUUUGCAGGAGGAAGAACCACGUCAACCCAACGUGGAACCGCUGUUCGAGAAGCGGUGCACGGUCGAGGAGCGCACGUUGUUCGUUUCCGACAGAGGUCUGGACACUGUCAUGUUUUCCAUCCGGGGACAAAAAGUUCCAGAAGACGUGCUGAACAAGCUGCGGAGCGGCGAUCUCAAGCCAGUUCGGGCGGAAGAUUUGAAAGAUUUCAACACCGUUAUUCAGCCCCUGUUCCAGGACAACGACCUCUUCGCGAUCGGCGACCCCUCGGGAGACCAGUACCACUAUAUUGACAAGACAAAAAACGGGCGCCUGUGCAGGAUCGUGUGUGAGGUGGUGCCCACCUGUACGGCAUUCAGCAAAGGGCCGGACUAUUGCCGCCUUCUGAAUUUCGCGACCGUUACUGAGGUGAGGCUGCAUACUGUCGGAGGAGCGCCGAAGGAAUACCACGGGCUGUUUGACCCGGAGAGUCUGGCCUACGAGCGGAGAAAGAAGGAAUGUUUCAACACGCUCGGACCCGCUUGCGAACCGGACGCGGACUGGGCCGGCCUUGUAGACCGCGACCUGUACCAGGCUGGCCGUUGCCGCGGGUUCGACGAAAGUUCAACAUUAUUUUCCGAAACCGUGGCGGAGCACGAAAGGGACAAACUGAAGCAGAUCGAAAAGAAUUACGAUCGACUGAACACAUUUUCCGAGCCGGAUGCCACCGAUCCGAGCAAGACCGUCCGGCGGCACGAGUGCAGCGCCAGCUGCGCACCAGGCGGGCUCAUCCGCCAAACGCGCCGGGUUCUGCGCGAAGCGACCAACAGCGGGAAGCCGUGCUCGGAAUUCUCGCUGAAACGCUUCGUGAAGUGCAACGCGGAUGUCCCCUGUCCGCCGGCGGAGCAAGAGAAGAGCCCGAUCCCGGCCCCGAUCCCGCCGGCCGUCAGCCACGGCAUCUACCCGGCGCACAGCGUGAUUGGAGACCGAGGGGAGGUGUUGCGCGAGGGGCUGGCGAUCGUGGAGAAAUUUCAAGACCGAUUCGCCAAUCAAACAGAAAGCAGUGCAAUUGUCAAAACAUACAUCUUUCCCUGCGCGGAAACCUCUACAACAUCAGGCGGGGUGGACGAACAAACCGGGUUCAUCCCGGGUUUGUCCACGAGCAUUUUCGGUGGCGCCAACCAACUGUCGUUUUUGACCUUCGAGGUGUACGAAAGUCCGAUGGUGCCGGAAACGUUGCAAAUAAAUGGAACGUCUGGUGCAGAAGAUGAAAAUGCAAAUGGUGUAGAGGAUGAUGAUCACCAACCGCAGGGCCGGUAUCCCGGGAAACCUCGGCUAGAUAUUCGGAUCGUGUUGGAAGAGGGCCAAUGCUGCAGUGUGAUCGCUCCGGAAAAGAAAGCCACGGUGGAGGCAAGCAAGAGCGAGGCUGAUGGCCAGGAGCCCGCACCUGGAAUGGUAAAUCCGGGUGCUGGGUUGGCCGCACCUCCAUCAACAUCCCCGGAAGGAAUUAUGGGGGGAUCUGCGGCGCCGCCAGGUCCAGCACCAUGGUCCAGCGAGAUCAACGUGAGCGUGGGCGGCGGGAAUUCGCUGGAUUAUGCCUCCGGAGAUAGGCUUGGUGGUGAUGUGUUUGUUUCCGGCGGCCACGGCUUGACCUUUGUGGAGCACGAGAACAAAAGAAAGGAAGCAAGCUUGCUGCAAAGUGUUCGUGGCGGUUCGCCUGGUUCAGAAGUAGAAGAUGAUGUUGAGCCAACAAUAAGUGGAAGGAAGACCCGCGGGAUACCCGCAUCGAUACGAAAAAGCACGGAUGCGGCAGCACUACCAGAGGAAGAGAAAGUCAUCGCCGUGCACCAUAGGAAGACUAGUAUACUCAAAAGAAAAGAUGCUCGAGCUACUGAUAGUGAAGCAAACCCAGGAAAGAAAAACUCUUACCCAUUUCUGCGUGGGCGGUGACAUCAUGGGGUUUUGCGAGAAUCGCAUGUUUGGUGU